GGUCUGAGCGAGGCGGAGCGCCACGCCUUCUUCCAGAAGAGCUCUGGCGGCAGCUCCUGGCCGACGUUGGAGACCCACCUGGUUGAGAGCUUGAGCCGUGAGCGCGUCACCGCCCUCACUGUUUCCGUCGGGGGCAAGUACUUGCCCCCGAAUGUGUGGCUCGCUCAGGGUUUCAGCGAGGAGCAGGUGAACCGCUGUGAGGACUGGGAAGAGCACGAGACACUCGGCAGGUGCUGUCGGCUUCAAGUGAAAGAGGUGUCCCACAGCAGUGUGCUACGAACGGUUCGCAACGAGGUUGUGAACAGGGUGAAAGAAGUUGCAAAAAACAAGACCUGCAAGACCGUGCUGGGUCUGGCUGCCAAAGUCUUGACCACGGUCACCAACAGCUGGCUGCAGACGGAGCUGCUCCUUGCGAAGACAAGCCCCUUGGACGACGAGGCCACGGUUAAGUUGCUCAAAGAGUCCCACUCUUUGCUGCAAAGCUGGAAGAUUGCCUGCGAGAGCGUGCUGGCCAAGAAGGAGAAUGCAGGCGAAGUUCCACUGACGCUGCCCUUCUCGAAGGAAGAAGUGGACACCCGUCUGAAGACCGUUGGAGCCGCCGCCAAGGCACUCAAAGAAACUCGCAAGGCUGUCGUGCUUGAGUCGAGGAAGGCGAAGCGUGCGGCCGCCGCCGCCAGCAACGGUGCGGAACCGGCGCCAAAGAGGGCGAUCGCUCGAGUGGACACUGGCAGCAGGACCUGCCUCAGGAGAAAGUGCGGCUUCGCCAAGACCAAAAAUCCCGAGGGUGUCCGGCUGUAUGCCGGUGCAGGGACCAACUUGGGUCUCCACCUGAACCUACGAGCCUACCUCCAGCAGCCGGACUCUUCGAAGCAGACGCAGUCCUCGGCAACGGCCUCUGCGGAGGGAAGCCAGGAGAAGUGCAAGAAGCGGCCGCUGCCGGCGAGUCCGGACUCGAACGCUACUACUCUGGUCCUGCCGGGGCACCGCUCAGACCAGGAGGACGAAGCGAGCUCGGAAGUCGAGGUCUGCAGCGAAGCACCUCCCCACACCCCUCCGCCGAAGAGGGUCUUGGGGCAGGAACCUUUGUUUCUCACACAGCUGGAGCAGCAGUUGCAGUCUGCCCUCGUCUCCCCACACUGUUCUCUCAGCUCGGAGCACCGCCUCUUGGUCGCCAAGCUGAAAGAGGAAGUGCAGGAAGCGCUUGCCCCUUCUACGAAGGACGCAGCGAACCGGACGCGGUUUGCUGUUCUAGACCACGUGGCCGAGCUGCAAGCUCGCGGCCAAGCCCUGCUCUUGGAAGUGGAAGACAGCAUGCAGACGAGCAUGGCCACGCAGGCUUCGCCUGCAGCGUCCUCGCGGCCGGCUACACCCGCAAAGCCAGAAGCGCAGCCCGAACACCGUGUGCGUUGCGCACACCUGGAAGAGACGCCUUUUUUUGCCCUGCGGAAAGCCAGGCAGUCAAAGGAGGCAUAA